AUGGACCGACCUGAGAGGCCAAGAUUGUCCUCUCUCAGUGACUUUCGGUUUGGAGCUGUUGCCACAGAGACCAUCGAAGACACUCUGCUCCACUUGGCCCAGCAGAAUGAGCAAGCCGUGCAGGAGGCUGCGGGCCGGAUGGGCAGCUUCAGGGAGACCCGGAUCGUGGAGUUUGUUUUUCUCCUGUCUGAACAAUGGUGUCUGGAGAAAUCCGUGAGCUACCAGGCUGUAGAAAUCCUUGAAAGGUUUAUGGUUAAGCAGGCAGAGAACAUCUGCAGGCAAGCUACAAUUCAGCUGAGAGGGAAGACAGAGCCUCAGAAUUGGAGGGCGCUGAAAGAGCAGCUUUUCAACAAGUUUAUCCUGCGUCUUGUGUCAUGUGUUCAGCUGGCAAGCAAACUUUCCUUCCACUACAAAAUAAUCAGCAACAUUACAGUCCUGAAUUUCCUCCGGACUCUAGGGUAUCGUCACACUAAAGAAGAACUGCUGGAAUCAGAACUUGAUGUUUUGAAGUCCCUGAACUUCCAAAUCAAUCUGCCUACUCCCCUGGCAUAUGUGGAGAUGCUCCUGGAGGUUUUAGGAUACAAUGGCUGUUUGGUCCCAGCCACCCAGCUGCAUGCAACCUGCCUGAUUCUACUUGACCUAGUCUAUCUUCUGCAUGAACCUGUAUAUGAAAGCCUGCUGAGGGCUUCCAUUGAGAACUCCACACCCAGUCAGCUGCAAGGGGAAAAGUUUGUUUCAGUGAAGGAAGACUUCAUGCUGUUGGCAGUAGGAAUCAUUGCAGCAAGUGCUUUCAUCCAAAACCAUGAGUGCUGGAGCCAGGUCAUGGGGCAUUUGCAGAGCAUCACUGGCAUUGCCUUGGAGAGCAUUGCUGAGUUCUCUUAUGCAAUCCUAACUCACAGUGUGGGAGCCAGCACUCCAGGUCAACAGCAGCCUGUUCCUCCCCACCUGGUGGCCCGACCUCCAAGGGCUGCGCUUCCUCCAACACAUGAGGCAGGCGGAAUCUGCCAAAUAUAA